GUAUAACACUUUUUGUGGUAAAUAUUUUGAUUGAUAAACAAAUUGUUGUGAUUUUGAAGUGAAUUAUAGAUUGAAUUGAAUGUGGAUUUAGUCAUAGUUUGAAGAUAUGUUGGCGCGAGUGGUCGGAAGGUAUCAGAAAUAUGUGGCAGUGAUCAAACAGGGUUGGGAUGAAGUGCCGACUCUGUUCUUCUCGGUGGGCAUCGGAGUGGUUGCGGGCAUUUGUAUGGUCUAUCGGGUCGCUCACACCCCUCCCGGCGGACACAUCACUCGAUUCAAAGAGCGAUAUAUGGUGAUGCGCCCCAACGACGACCGGCUUAUUGGGUAUCCCAAAGAAUAUGUGACCGAUAGAGAGCUUCUCAAGUAGUUCUUGAGUUAUGUAUAGAUAUAUUAAAUAAAGUAAUCGUAGGAAUCAAAAUAAUCGUAUCAAAUAAAGACAUGUUUUAAUUAUCAGUAAUAUAUAGACUCUUUAAAUGCAAACAUCGAUUAAAUAUAAUAAAAAUUAUAAAUAAAAUAAAUUAAAAUAUCGGGAAAACAAUGACUUCAAUACAUUUGAUAAGAAACGGAC